CAGUUCGCAUCGCAAUCGCAAACUACAAAACACUCCUCUUCCCAAUUCGCAAUUUUCUUCUUCCAAAUCCGUCAAAGUAUACAUCAAAGACUACCAAAACAAUACUCCAAAUACACUCAGUCAACAAACAAAAGCCAAAACCACCACCAAGAUGUCUUCCUCCAACCAGAACACCAACACCAACACCAACCCUUCUUCUUCCAACACCAACGCCAACCAGCCCCAGCCCGGCAUGAUCGCCGGACACGCCGAGUACAUCAAGGGCGCUGCUGAGGCCGCAAUCGGCAACAUCACCGGCUCCCACGCCUGGACCACCUCAGGCGAGCAAGACAAGGCGCACGCCAAGGCGUCUCUACAAGCGGCGUCCGAGGGCCGCGACCCGGCCGCGUCGGGGUACGGAUCGGUCGAGGAGACGGCGGGCAAGCUUACCGGCUGCGAGUGGAUGAAGAAGGAGGGGGCGGCUAGUAAGAGUCAUCAGGAGUAAGGAGUAAACUGAAGAAUGGAGGUUUUUGAUGCUGCGGAUACAGGGAGGAAUGAAAGAACGAGAGAAGGAAGUUUAAUGAUUUUACGACAUAAGGAGACAUCAGAGACUGUAUAAUUAGGUGGAUUGG